UUUAAAGCCGGGAACGAUCGAGAAUGAUCAGUUGUUGACGCUGACUCGAUAGCGACCGGUAAUCUAUAACCAUGGACGGAGAAACGCACAGCCUUGAAGCCAUAAUUAAUAACAACCUGAGUGGGCGAGAUCUGGAUGAAUUUAAUAGGAUGUACUACGGUCGCAAGGACCAUCUAGAAGUUCCAAUUAAGGAGACUUCUAUUGCUGCAGCUAAGGAUAACAAUUUCGACAUAGCUGCAUACGCUUUUCCUGCGAAAAAAGAAUCAACAAGGCCACCGAGGAUCGUCAAGGUAGGCAUCAUCCAGCACUCGAUCGGCGUUUCAACCGACCGUCCAAUUAACGAACAAAAAAAUGCAAUCCUCGCUAAAGUUAAGAAGAUUAUCGACGUAGCCGGUCAAGAGGGCGUCAACAUUCUUUGUUUCCAAGAAUUAUGGAACAUGCCAUUUGCAUUUUGUACACGAGAGAAAAUGCCUUGGUGUGAAUUCGCCGAAUCUGCGGAAAAUGGGCCGACAACUCGCUUUCUCCGUGAACUCGCCGUUAAGUACUCCAUGGUAAUAAUUUCAUCGAUCCUCGAGAGGGAUGAAAAUCACGGAGACAUUCUAUGGAACACCGCUGUCGUCAUAAGCGACACGGGUAACGUUAUUGGCAAACACCGUAAGAAUCACAUUCCACGAGUCGGUGACUUUAAUGAAUCGAAUUACUAUAUGGAAGGUAACACGGGUCAUCCAGUUUUCGCAACAAGAUAUGGUAAAAUAGCCGUUAAUAUUUGUUUCGGGCGUCACCACGUCUUGAACUGGAUGAUGUUUGGACAGAACGGCGCUGAAAUCGUAUUCAAUCCAUCAGCAACUAUUGCUGCCGAAGCUGGAAGCGAGUAUAUGUGGAACGUUGAAGCCAGAAACGCUGCGAUAACGAAUUGUUACUUCACGGCAGCUAUCAACCGAGUUGGGUAUGAGGAGUUCCCUAACGAAUUCACUUCAGCAGAUGGCAAACCGGCUCACAAGGAUUUAGGGCUCUUUUAUGGGUCCAGUUACUUCUGCGGUCCCGAUGGUGUUCGCUGCCCAGGGCUUUCUCGUACGAGGGAUGGUUUAUUAAUUGCUGUAAUGGAUCUGAAUAUGAACAGACAGAUAAGAGAUCGUCGUUGCUAUUAUAUGACACAGAGAUUGGAUAUGUACGCGGAGAGUCUUAAAAAGGUUUUGGAUUUGGAGUUCAAGCCUCAGGUUAUUCACGAGACUGAGAAAUAAAGAAGUAUUGAUUUCAAGACGGGAAAAAAUACAUUUAUCGAUACCAUUUAUAAAACAUGUAAUUUGUGAACGCACAAAAAUAAAUAAUAUUUUAAUAAG